AUGUCCGACAACGUCGGUCUUUCGACGCCGCGUGGCAGCGGCACGUCCGGCUUCGUGCAGCGCAACCGGGCCUACAUGCAGCCGCGCGACCACGUGCGAUCGAAUGCGAACCCGCGUGACUUUCUCGACAGCGAGGCCCAAAAGGCCCGUCUGCGCAAGCCCGACCAGGGCAUCCUGGACCACGACCGCAAGCGGGUCGUCGAGGUGCGUGUCUUUGCCCUGCGCGACGAGCUGGAGGACAAGGACGUGGACGAGGCCGAGAUCGAGCGCCGCUGCGACGAGCUGCGCAAGAGCCUGACGGCCGCGGCCGAGCGGCCGGGCCGCGCUGGUGGUGCCGACAACGGAGCCCCCCGCCGCUUCAAGGCCCACCAGGUCCACGAACAGGCCCGGGCUAAGGCUGAGGAGAGCGAGCGGUUGCGGCGGGCGCUGCACAUCAGCAAGGACUACGAGGAGGGCGGCCAUUGGCGGCGCCAGGACGAGAAGCAGGAGCUCAAGCGGAAGAAGGAGGAAGAUGAGGCUGAGCGCGAACGCGAACGCGAACGCCAGAGAGACGCUGCCGAACGCCGCCGCCGCCACCACCACGAAGACCCGCCGGUACGGAGCGUCGAAAAGCCGAGCCACGACAUUGAUGAUGACGAUGGCGACAACAGCGACAACAACAGCAACAACCAUCGCGAUGACAGAAGCGAUCUCGAGGAGGGCGAGUACGACGACCGCGACCGCGGCCGCCAAGACGGUCGGCGCGUGCGCCAGCGCCGGGGAUCGUCGCCCGGCCGCGACAGCCGCAGCCGCAGCCGUAGCCAUAGCCAUAGCCAUAGUCGCAGGAGCAGUAAGGACUCUUCAUAG